GGAGAUUUUAAUAUCUAAAUGUUAUUAUCAUGAUUCUCACGAGGGAAAAAAACAACAACCUGACGUUUUAUGUUAAAUUUACACUAACACAAGAAUAAAUGGUAAGUAAUAAAUAAAGCAAUGCUAGCUGGAAAUGUAAAGGCACUCAAGGAGUCAAUACACUUAAAAACUGAAAGCUAUGUACUAUCUAGUUAACUAGGCUACUUGGCUCUGAGUCAAACUGUUGAGUUGAAUUUCAACAGACGAGUCAACGUGUGUUACCAGUAAAACAUCAUCGUAACUGAAUCAUGACGUUUGUUAUAUUAAACAAACACAGGCGUAGGAAAAGUGAUAAAAUGGGGGGGGGGGGGGGGGGGGGUAGGGAGGGGAGUGGCCGAUCUGCCUCGGGCUUAACUUGUUUUAUGGAUACAUUUUCUUUCAUUUUGAUUAUAUUUAAAUUCUUUAUUAUAUAAAUAAAGCUUUUUUUUCCCCUCUCUUUAAGUACCUGUGUUCUGUAUACCGGUACCAUCAAAGUUUUCGCUAAUUAGAGACGGCAAAGUCAAUGACCUUCCAGAGCCAGGACGCCACACACUAAAGUUGUGCAUAGCCCCGAAACAGGCGCACCAACUCAAAAGGAAAUUUAACAAGUGUUCUAAAUUAUUCGUAUUUUUUAAAUUUAAAAAAAUAAAAAAUACAAAUGCUAAAUCUCUGACGACAUAAUCUUCUAAUAAUCUUACGGAGCCAAUAAGUACAUUCCGUACGAACUUUUUUUAUGAUAUGAUGAUCAUGUCUGUAAAUACUGUUUACUCGUGCUAGGGCCUAUUUUAUAACGUAUUUUUAUUGUAUAGCAUUCUUAUCAGUGUCUGUGUUUAAAUGUGCGUGUGUGUGUAUGUGUGUGUGUGUGUGGGGGGGGGGGUUGCUGGAAAUGUUAUAUAAUAUUGUGGGGUGGGGGGGGUGGAGGGUUAAUGGAAAUGAUAUGGGGCCCGCACCUUAUCAGUGUCUGUGUUUAAAUGUGCGUGUGUGUGUAUAUGUGUGUGUGUGUGGGGGGGGGGUUGCUAGAAAUGUUAUAUAAUAUUGUGGGGUGGGGGUGGUGGAUGGUUAAUGGAAAUGAUAUCGGGCCCGCACCUGGGGGGUGGGGGUGAGGGGGGACAACCAUGGCACUUGUCAGGGGCCCAAGCUAGAUACUGGCCCGCCAUUUUUCGAUUUUCUAAAAUAAACGCCCAUGUUUGAAGCACGAAAGGGACCCGAACUCUGUCAGCUGCCUGGGGCCCAUAAUAUCCAAGGUAUGGGCCUGAUGUUAUAUAAUGUUAUAAGGGGUUGGUCCCAAAUGUCAUAUUUUUAUGUUAUAUUAUUGGUAGGCCUAUUAUUAAAGUGGUCUUAUAUACCACGGUACCCCAGCUAGGCCCAACAGGCUUGGCUGUAAAAACUAACAAAAAAUUUAAAAAAACAACAACAACAUACCAUAAAAAACAAUAACAAUUUUACACGGUAGAUAAAAUUACUCAUUUAAAAACAGCUUUGUCAAAAUAUUGAACUCGCCCACCCCAAGUACUAUUGACCCCUGUCUAGGCAUGGACGGCACCCAGCAGCAUGGAGCAUUUGUUCAUUGAUGAGAGUGGGGUGAAAUUGAGCCGGAAUAGUAGAGUAUGAAGAGAUCUGUCUUGAGGGCAGUUUCGAAGGUUUGGAUGGUCGGUAUAUUGCUGAUGUGUAAUGUGUGCCCAUCCUUUCAGCCUGGUGAUGGGGGAAAGAGUGUCAAUGUCAAUGUUGGCCAGCUAACGCGGGAAGUCAAGAGUCUUCCAUGUUAAAAUCAUCCCAAUGUCAGUAGCCUUGUUUGUAGAUAAGAACUAUCGUCCAUUAUAUGGCUAUGCCCAGUUUCCACAGACCCCAGAGCUUUAUUCCAGCCCUCAGAGUAGUUAGAUUUAAAAAAAAAUAAAAUUGUAAUAUAUGUAUCCUUUCUCUGAGUCUCUACAUUAGUGGCGUAACGCACAUUUUGCCCCCCCCCCCACCCUCCCCUCACCCCGAUCCUCUUUGUCACAAAAUUGACCCUGAACUUGGACACAUUUAUAACACAUUGUCACAUAUUCGCGACCCCCUCCGCUUAGAUUCGCGACGUCUUUAUGGAUAGCCCCCUAAUCUGUGGCUUCUACACAUGCAGUGGAUGAGGGUGUAAGCUGUUGCCACCAAUUUGAGUUAGAAGGGCGAUAGAAUUCCCCAACCCCUUAACCGUCACACCCUGGCUGGUUUUCAAUUGAUCCUUAAUAUGGGUAAAGGUGGGAAAAUGAUCUUUAAAAAAAAAAAACAACAUGGCCUCACUAGGGAUUGAACUCUGAACUCUUACUCUUAACACAAUUAACAUUUUAUUUUUGUGAACGAUUUCUGAAAUUAGAUAAUUUGAAUUUAUUAAAAAAUUGUUUUUUUUUGUGUGUUUUUUUAGCAAUGUGUUUUAUAGCUUAAGCUAUUAUUGAAUAGCCAAAAUGCCCUAACAAUUUUUAACUAUAAAUUUUUGUAUUACUAAUAAUAUUAAUACUCAGAGCGAAGUCUCUGAUUAAAUGCCAUGCAUAAUUGACCAAGGUUCAGGGGAGAGGAGAGGAGGUUUGGCUUCCACAAUUCAGUCGAGGAAUAUACGCCAUUGGGGUCCUUGUUAGAAUUAAAAUUGUUUACAAAAAAAAAGCAAACAUUUACUAAUGGAUUUGUUAAGAGCAGUAGUUUUAAUUGUAAUCUAACAGAUGCCACCCUGUUUUGCACACUGUUUUUCAUUCCAUUUCUUCGAAAACAGGAACCGCCCCUUUCAGGGCCAGUCAGUGUUGUAAAAGACGAAAUAACCAUACCAUGCCAGGGGCCUAAUAACGAAACCAAAUACCCAAGCCUUGUGAGGCUUUUGCUCUAACAUCAAAUACCCACAUGCCUUACAGGGGCCUAAUAUUAUUAAGACAUCAAAUACCAAUGCUGCCUUGUCGUACUGUUAGUAUCCCAUUGACUCAUCGCGUCUUUUCACCUUUCAGGUUUGACAGCGGGCCUUGUCGAGCUAGCGGUCUAAAAAUAGACGCGACAUUUUUUUUUGUUUGUUUUUGUUUUCCGGGAAAGAAAAAUCUGUUUUCGUGGAAAUGUUAUCCAUGAACCGAAGUCAGCCAAGAACAUAUUUUAGUUGACGCUGAUGUUAAUGAAAGAGUUACUAUUUAAUCAGCCUACUCUUAGCACGAGUAAAACAUCCGUUUAUUGCCAGGGCUAGUAACUCGUCAGCUUGCCAAGAGCCCAAGUAAUAUCAAACCUGUAGCACUACCACUGGAGUGAUGUUUAAAUAUUAAUUUAAAUGAAUUUAUUUUAUUCCAUCCUUCGGGAAUUUUUACCCAAUAAUAUGGUUUCGUUUUGUCUUGUAGUAAAUCCUCCACUGCAAUCAUGACUUUGGACACUGCAAUCAUGACUUUGAACACUGCAAUCAUGACUUUGGACACUGCAAUCAUGACUUUGAACGCUGUGAUGUGUUUAGAAAUCUAUUUUUUUUUCUUUUCUUGGUACGAUGCAGGGUCGGAUUAAGACGUUUGAUACUCUGGGUACGGUCAACAUUGGGACACAAAGCUGUCUAGUCAUUGUCUUAGAUAGUGAGUGUAGUACCGGGCAUAGGAUACAAUCAACAUAGGGACACAAAGCUGUCUAUUCAGGUCCACAGAUAGUGAUUGUAGAACUAGGCACUGGCUGCAGUCAAUAAAGUGGCGCAUAGCUGUCUUUUCGUGGGCCAUAGCAGAUAGUGGUUAUAGUACGAGACACUGGGUACGGUCAACAUAGGGACACAACGCUGUCUAUUCAUUGUCUGUAUAUAGUGAUUAUAGUAAAAGUCAAUGGUUACGGUCAACAUAGGACACAAGGCUGUCUAUUUAUUGUCUAUAUAUAGUGAUUAUAGUACGAGUCAAUGGUUAUGGUCAACAUAGGACACAACGCUGUCUAUUCAUUGUCUAUACAUAGUGAUUGUAGUACGAGGCAUAGGAUGCAAUCAACAUAGGACACAAAGCUGUCUAUUCAUUAUCCACAGAUUAGUGAUUGUAGUACUUCCCGGAAGGGAACCUUGAACCGCGUGGACUGAAGGAUAUAGCGUGUAGAACGAUGACAAUAAAUAAAGAAGACAAAAUAAAACGUGGAAUCGAAUACCUCAUUCAAUGUUUGCUUUUUAUUUCAUUUUAAAAUAAAAAGUCAGAAUUGAAAAAAAAAAACGCUUCUGUAGCCACUCGGACCAGAUUCUCAUAUAACCCAGCUGCACAACGCACUCGACGAACCCGACAGCAAUAUAAAUUACAUGCUUUGUUUUAGCUAAUCGCCGACACGUUGCAUUGCAAGUUUAAAAUAAAAUGAUUACAACAACCAACAGUAAAAUUAUAUUUGUUUAUACUGUUUUCCUUUUUCUCGUCAGCUGACGAAGGCUUCUUGGCGACACGUUCGUUAUUUUGUUUCGUCCUGUUCACCCCCACCCACCCCAAACCCCCCCCCCAAGGUUUUUUCAUACAUGUUUCCUUAUACCUGACUAGUAUGCAGUCUCUCACCCUUAUUACUCAAAUAGAAGUAACACAUAAAAAUUGUAUUUUUUUUUUUACUCGAUCUGCAUUCUGUCCAAUGGGUAAGAGUCUCUUCUUGACGAAAUUUGUGUGCUAAAGUGGUAUAGAACGUCUGAAAAAGAAAUAAGUCCUUUGGGCUGACUUCUAAAAUGAACCGUGAAUAUCAAUCACGCUCUGUUAUAGCCUGUGUCUUGACCUAAUUUUUAUUCGCUACAUGCUUUGCAUUCAAGCUUACACCCGCUCCAACUUUUUUUGUUUUGUUUUGAUAUCGAUGCCUCCGAUUAAAUCAGGGGUCCAAACUCACGGCCCGCGGGCCAUUUGUUGGCCGGCAAGACGAUAUUUUGCGACCCGCGACAUGACAGCAAAGCUUAGUGUAAAUACGGCUCGCGCGUUUUCCCCAUUCUCAUAUCUAUAAUGUGACCCUUCGCGGCGGUUUCAGUCGAAUCUCACCGACUAGUCCAAUUUUGAUUUUGAUUAUAUUUGUAUAGAUUUGGACGUUGGUUAUAAUGGUAAAACUCGUUGUAAAAAUUCAGACUGAAAGUAUUUAUUUUAUAGCCUUUUAUGAGACAAACAGGGCCAAAGUGCGGUUUUGAGAUACGUUUAAAAAGUCAGUAAGUUGGUAAUAAACAACCAUAAUUGUUCAAAUCGUAGCAACCUGACACAGUAUCAAAGAAUCCCUAUCAAAAUUGCCCACUAGUGUUUACGAGUGAGGGAAAUUCCGAGCCUGUCAGCUUGUUUACUUUCAAAAUAGGGUUAGUCGAAAAGGCCUUUUCUUCUAUAAAAAAAUCGAAAUUCAUUCUCCCAACAAUAACAAUCUUCCAUCACAUCAAUAAUUCAUAAAUAGUACCUGCCCCUGUUAACUGUUUGAACACGUUUUAUUCUUCAAAGCCUUCAUGGAGAAGGAUGGGGUGGUUGUUCCUGUACCAAGUGAUCCCAAAUGGCUCAUGGACGUGGCUUUUCUUGUUGACAUUACACAGGAGCUGAUUGUACUUAACAAGAGGUUACAAGACCACGUGUAGCUUGUCAGUGUUGCCAAUGACAAUGUCAGGGCAUUCUGCACAAAACGUGUGUUAUCAUGCUUAGAGAAAUUUCUGUCAUUUCCAAACAUGCAAAGUACUCAUGGACUCGGGCUCACCCCUCAGUAGUAAGUAUACUGAUGCCAUUGCAAAGCUAUAGGAAGAAUUUGAUAUUUGAUGACAUGUUUUUAGGCUUUAAAACAGACAGAGCCACAUUUCAACAUUUUGCUGACCAUUAUCCUUCAAUUUGGAAGAUGCACACCCCCCCCCCCAAUAGUUGCGAUUCAAAUAAAGCAAAUUGAUUGUCAGUGCAAUUCGAAGUUCAGGAAGGUAUUUCAACAUUUUGCUGACCAUUAUCCUUCAAUUUGGAAGAUGCACACCCCCCCCCAAUAGUUGCGAUUCAAAUAAAGCAAAUUGAUUGUCAGUGCAAUUCGAAGUUCAGGAAGGGAGAGCUGAAUGGAAAAACAGGUGAGCAUGGAUAAUGUAUGAGAUUAUUACCCUUAAGUCAAAAUUCUGUACCAAACUUACUGAUGAGCAUCUUCAGGCUAUACUGAGGGUCUCAGUUGCUUCCUCUCUCAAGCCAACUGUUGCCCAGCUGUGUAAGAAGAAGCGCUGCCAGAUCUCUGGCAACGAGGUGCAGGAGGAACAAAGUGAAGCCUAGUUCUUGACCACCCUUAUUGUAUUUUUUAAAAAAAUAAAGGUUGAGCAGAUUUUAACUGUUGUACUUUAUUGCCUUUGUAAUCUCUUCUUUUGUGGAAUACUUGCACUGGCCAAGUCUCACUCAGUCUCUAUCUCCUGCGGCCCCCGGAUGAUUUGAGUUUGAGACCACUGGAUUAGACGUAUUGAACUUGACCCGUCUCACUCAGACUCUACCUCCUGCGGCCCCUGGAUGAUUAGAGUUUAAGACCCCUGGAUUAGAUGUAUUGAACUUGACCAGUCUCACUCAGACUCUACCUCCUGCGGCCCCUGGAUGAUUAGAGUUUGAGAACCCUGGAUUAGAUGUAUUGAACUUGACCAGUCUCACUCAGACUCUACCUCCUGCGGCCCCUGAAUGAUUAGAGUUUGAGAACCCUGGAUUAGAUGUAUUGAACUUGACCAGUCUCACUCAGACUCUACCUCCUGCAGCCCCCGGAUGAUUUGAGUUUGAGACCCCUGGAUUAGAUUAUUGGACUUGACCAGUCUCACUCAGAAUCUACCUCCUGCGGCCCCCAGAUGAUUUGAGUUUGAGACCCCUGGAUUAGAUGUAUUUGACUUGACCAGUCUCACUCAGACUCUACCUCCUGCGACCCCUGGAUGAUUUGAGUUUGAGACCCCUGUAUUAGAUGUAUUGGACUUGACCAGUCUCACUUAGACUCUACCUCCUGCGGCCCCCGGAUGAUUUGCGUUUGAGACCCCUGGAUUAGAUGUAUUGGACUUGACCAGUCUCACUCAGACUCUACCUCCUGCGGCCCCCUGAUGAUUUGAGUUUGAGACCCAUGGUUUAAAUGUAUUGGACUUGACCAGUCUCACUCAGACUCUACCUCCUGCGAACCCCCGGAUGAUUUGAGUUUGAGACCCCUGGAUUAGAUGUAUUGAACUUGACCAGUCUCACUCAGACUCUACCUCCUGCGGCCCCCUGGUGAAUUGAGUUUGAGACCCCUGGAUUAGAUGUAUUUGACUUGACCAGUCUCACUCAGACUCUACCUCCUGAGGCCCCCGGGUGAAUUGUGUUUGAGACCCCUGGAUUAGAUGUAUUGAACUUGACCAGCCCAACCCUACCUUAAAUUAGGAAAAGGUGCUUAAUAUUAUAUUGGUUCCAAAGAACGAUAACAGGUGAUGCAAUUUCUAAAAUUUCUUUUCCGUAGGGCUACUACUUUCCCCUUUGAACUAAGCCGGCAGAUAACUCAGCCCCCAGGGGGGGGGGACCCCCGGGGGGGAGGAUUUUUGCUGAAUUUCCUAGACAUUUACAAGGCGUAAUGUAGGUGCUUUUCAAAAUUGUAAUCUGUAUGUGUUUGUGCAUUAAUAUGUGUAUAGCGGUAUUUGAUUUUUAAACGGUCGAUAGUCCUGCCACUCCUAAAGAAACCCUCACUUGAUCCAAACACACUCAAGAAUUACCGCCCCGUCAGCAACCUCUCCUUUCUCUCAAAAAUCAUAGAAAAACUCAUAUUCUCUCAGCUCUCUGGCUAUCUUCACUCUCGCAAUCUCUAUCCUUCCUCUCAGUCCGCCUACCGACUUGGCCACAGCACAGAAACAGCACUGGUCCGAGUCAUGAGCGACCUCCUGUGCGCGAUGGACGAUGGCAAACUCUCUAUUCUCACUCUGUUAGAUCUCUCUGCUGCAUUUGAUACCAUUGACCAACAGAUUCUUCUUGACCGUCUUCAUCUUUCUUUCGAACUUACUGGCUCAGCUUUAAACUGGUUUCAAUCAUAUCUUUCUGACAGAACUCAAACAGUCUCUAUUUCCAACCGCUCUUCCAAACCUUCAGCCCUGUCUAUUGGAGUUCCUCAAGGAUCGGUCCUUGGGCCGGUCCUUUUCAUCCUCUACACUAAACCUCUAUCAUCUCUCAUUAGCCACCACUCAGUUUCCAGUCAAUCCUUUGCGGAUGACACUCAAAUCAGUGACUCUUGCUUUCCUGAUCAACUUGAUGCCACAAUCCUUCGCAUACAGGAGUGCGUGGACGAUGUAAAGCGUUGGAUGACUUGCAACAAACUGAAGCUAAAUGAUGAUAAAACGGAAAUCCUUCUCAUCCACUCUCAAAACAAACCUCUCCCUCCAUUCGCUCCUUCUUCUAUAUCUAUUGGCAACUCUGACAUCACACUCUCUCCCUCUGCCAGAAACCUUGGAGUCACGCUUACAGACACCCUCUCCAUGGACAAACAUGUCACGAAUAUAUGCAGAUCAGCAUAUAACGAAAUUAGAAAAAUCUGCACCAUUAGACUCCCCCUCUCCUUUGAUGCCACAAAAACUCUCGUCUCUUCACUCAUUCUUUCAAAAUUUGACUAUUGUAACACUCUUCUCGCAGGCAUUCCUCAACACCACAUAGACAAACUUCAUAAGGCACAGAACUCAGCAUGCAGACUCAUUUUUAAAUCAAAGAAACAUGAUCACAUUCAACCACACAUGCGGCAACUCCACUGGCUUCCAAUAUCCUCUCGCAUCAAGUACAAGUUAGCCAAUCUUUGCUUCAUCUCGUUCACUGACCCUCACUUUCCUGUCUAUCUCUCUGAACUGUUGCUUCCUUACAUCCACACAAGACAAGUACGCUCUUCCAUUGACAAUAGAACCCUCUCAAUCCCAAGAACCAAAACUAAGACCAUCGGUGAAAGCUCCUUCUACUUCCAUGAACCCACGUUCUGGAACCAGCUCCCCUUCCAUAUCCGUCAUUGUGAAACCUCGUCCAUUUUCAAAAAGUCCCUUAAAACUCAUCUGUUUAGGUCCGCCUAUGACCUGUGAUGCACCCUCCUUGCCCUGCCUCAUUUUCUGUUUCAGGUUGAUCCUGAAGUAUAGGCAAAAACGUAUCAAAGUGUCCUCGUUUUAUAGCAAUUUUAAUUGUUUCUAUAGUAUAGUAGUUACUAUCCUAAUGUCUCAUUUUUAUUUUACUUAGUUUACGUGUUUUUAAUAAUUGUAAAGCGCUUAGAGCUUUAAGGUAAGCGCUAUAUAAAAAUGCCUAAAUAAAUAAAUAAAUAUGUAUAAUAUGAGAACUGUACUUUUUCCCUUGCCGUGGUGUAAGUUAAUAUGGAUUUUUUUUUCAUUUGAUUUUCCAUUUUUGUAAAAAAAUUAAACAAUAUAAUUAAGUUGAAUAUUGUCAAUAUCACUAGCGUUUAUAUUGUUUUUCUAAUUAUAUUGUUUUUUUUAUUUAAUGCUACAUAUUGUUUGUUCAUUUAACGAGCCCAAUGUUGAAACAUUUUAAUUUUCAACAGGAUAAAAGCGGUACUUAACACCAUUGUUUCCAUUCACGUAUUCACAGAUAAGACUGCCACACUGAGAUUGCAAUGUGUACCUGACAAUGGAUCCUUUGGAAGAAGCCAUUGAACUGUCGACUUCCAUCAAUGAUGAGUUGCUUCUCUCUGCAGCCAAAUCAAAUUCUUCUCAACAAAUUGUUCAUCUCAUUAAUAGCGUUCAACGGAAUAGUUUGAUUUCCAGGAGCGCCCUGGACUCCGCUAUUUUGUUAGCCUGCAAAUGUGGUAAUCAAAUAUUGGCCCAGUUUCUUCUAGAUUUAGGGGCAAAUGCGGACUACCAGGAUGAGGAGGGCUGCGCUCCUUUGCUGAUUUCUGCCGAACUCGGAUUUUCCGAAAUUUUCAAGGUGCUAAUGGAGAGAGCGAAAAAUGUAAAUAUAGAGAAUAGAAAGAAAGAAACAGCUCUCCACCUUUGCUUAAAAUGUUUACGCUCGCUACAAAUUGCAAAAUGCUUUCUGGACCAUCCCGGUGUCAAUGUAGACCACCAGGACAUUGACGGGUCGACGGCUUUAAUGAAAGCAGUGGAGUCGAUUAACCUGGACGUCGUCAGGUUGCUCUUAGAAUCAGGGGCGGACCUCAACGUGUUGGUCAACAGCAGAGGAGAGAGUGCCCAAAAUAUAUCUGACCGGAUUGGUGUAGGAAAAAUUGUCCAGUUACUGAAAACAAAAGAAGGCAACUCACCUUUAAUAGCCGCAGCCUUGUCACGUGACAUAGAAUCUCUGAAUUAUUUGAUACAUUGCCAUUAUUCUUUCAUACAUGAUAAAGGCAGCAACGAUAACAAGAUUGUGCUGCUAUUCAUACAAUCCGUAAGACAAAGAAGUCGCGUGAUAGACGACGCCGAAAUGGAGAUCGUCACGAAACUGCUGGAAACUGGAUUCCAAGUCAAUGUUUUUGAGCCGAAUGUCGGGACACCAAUUUUAUUGGCAGUGGACAUAGGGGACGGACGACUAGUGGAUCUGUUGUGUCGGUAUGGAGCACACGUGUACCGUGACGUACUGGUGUCAGCGGUCAGGCAAGGACGUCCGGAUCUGAUAGCGUUGUUUGCAUCUUACAAAGUCGCCAUGUCUGAGUUUAGUGCGGAUUGUCAGGUCACAUACGAUGGCUCGGCAUUAGAUGUUGCGUUACAGCUUGAACAAAUAGAAUGUGCUCAGGUGCUGUUGGCGAAUGGAGCUAAGAUUAUCCAAGAAUCUGCAGUACCGCAUGCUGUGGUAGAAGGAAAGUUCGAAUCUUUGAAUUUUUUACUACGAUGUUUUCCGAAUUGUGCAAAGAAUGUUAUAGCGAAUGACAGAACAGAUUUGUUGCACGUUGCGGUAGAGAAAGGUCACAGUCGAAUCGUCGCCUUACUUCUGGACGCUGGCGUGGAUGUUAACUAUGUUCAUAACAAGAAGACUCCGUUAAUGGUAGCCUAUCAUCAUGAGAUGAUAGAACUGCUUUUAAAGAGAGGCUGUGACGCCAACAUCAAAACUAAUACCACUGCACUUAUUAAAGUAUUGUCGGACGAAUACAUUACACAACUUAAAGCCACGUUUGACUUUAUCAGUCCACAUGUCAAUGUCAACUGUUUCCUUUACAUUGAAGAAAUUCUGUUCGUUCUUCUGAAAUACGGUGCAAAUGUUAAUGCUACUUCUGACGUUGGUCGCACUGCCCUGAUGAUUGGAUCAGUCCUAGAAGGGGCCCAGGAUAUUCUUAAAUUGUUGAUAGAAAACGGCGCUGACAUCAACUAUAGGGACAAAGUAGGAAGAACAUCACUCCAUUUGGCUGUGAAGGGCAGAAAUUUAGAAAACGCCAAGUUAUUACUUGAGUUAGGAGCCGAUGUUAACUUGGGGGAUGUUAACGGUUCCACGGCCUUGCAUAAAUUUCCUCCUCUUUACGGAAGAAUGGAGAUGUUGCAACUUCUGCUGGAACAUGACGCAGAUGUGAAUGUGCAAGACGACGAAGGAAACAUCCCUUUGAUGAGCCUAAGUGAAUGGAGUUUUUUCUACGAAGAUGUUAUAAAGACAUUAGUGCAGGCAGGGAGCAGUGUCAAUCAUCGAAAUAAAUCUGGAAUGACAGUGUUAAUGUUAUUUGCAUCCAAAUGUGACAUGGAUGUUAUAAACAUUUUAUAUGAUGCCGGCGCCGAUAUUCACGCGGUAACCUCAGACAGUGGUGUUAAGGAAACUGCUUUGUCCAUUCUACUUGCAGAAAGUUAUUUACCUGGACAAGAGGAAUGUGUCGAGGUAGCUGAAUUUUUGCUUGACCAUGGCGCAACGGCUCGUCAUGUGAAUCCAGGUAUCAUUCACCGAGCUAUCGCCAGAAGUCAUGAAACAUUGGUGCAAAAAUUGAUCCAAGGGGGACUAGCUCCUCAGGAUAUUUCUCUGGAAAGUUAUCGUCCUUGGCCAACACGCAUCGUUUCUCCAUUGAGUAUUGCUCUGUUUAUGAAUAAUGUCAGACUCGCUCGCCAUUUCCUUGACAUUUGGUAUCUAACCCAGUCUGAUGUGCGUAAUCUCUCAAGGAACUUGUCAAUUAUAAAUUUAAUGGAUCAGAGUGGUAACACCAAGUGUGCAUCUUUUCUACGAGAGUUGCAGCCGCUGUCUUUGACUUUGCUCAGCUUUAUCGUUGUGUCCACUUCCAUUGGUGUCGGCCAUGACAGAGCGGAAAGAAUCGAGGCUACUCAACUUCCGUGGGUGUUUAAAGAACGGCUACUCUUCCGCAAUGAAGGAUUUAACCCAGAAAAUGGAUACACCGAAUCUGACAAGAUGCUUUAUUAUCUGGCCAAACAUAGCCCCAUUAAUGACAUGGAAAUGGAAUGUUUUGAUUUUUAUACCGAUUCAGAUGUUUCAGACAGUGAUGUUGAUUUAAAUGAAAAUGAUUCCGAUAGUGAUUGACUUAUACUGUCGUCGCUUGUUUAACAAUAUGUGUGCCAUUGACAAAGCAUGAUGUUCCUGAGUGGCUCUUCCUCGGUAUUGUUGCCACUUGAUCAAUAUGGAGGCUAUAGAUUUUUAGAUGGAUUGCUUGCUAGACAACUGUGCAUUUGGUCAGUGUUUUAAGAUAGCUAUCGGUAAUUUAAUAAUUAGGCUCCUCUUUAAUACCGUUAAACAACUGUCAUUGUUUAUUUGUAAUCGACGAAAAAAAUUGAUAGAUAAUUAAUAGGAAGGAACAUUUGAAUUAAAAUGACUAAAAAAACAACAAAAAGAAACAAUAUAUCUUAUGGCAUAAUAUUUUAUGAUCUAGAAAAGUGGUCCCCAAAUGGCGGUCCGUGGACCUUCACCGGUCCGCAUGCCUAAUGCUCACCAUAACAUAAAUAUUUAUUGUCAAAUAGAAAUAAAAGUAUAAAAAUAAAUCAUGCACCGGUCCUUGGUAAAAUUUCGAAACUUGUUCACCGGUCCGCCAAACUUAAAAGUUUGGGAACCACUGAUCUAGAACCUUAAAAAAAACUAAUGUUUAAACAUGACCUACAUUCGAAUGUAUAGACGUAGAUUUUAGUUACAGUCUAAAACUUUGUAUAAAGCUGUUUAACCUAUUACGUCUAUGCGUUGUAAGGAUAAGUAAGUAAGAGUCCCAUAUUCCCCCACCCACCUCUUACCCUGUCCAUAUCCUUAUUUUUAAAGGAUACUAAAUGAAGG